CUUGCGGGCUGGGCGGGGGCGCGGCGCGAACUGGGUCUACAUCGGGAGGCGGCCCGGAGAUUGGACCGAGCGGGGGCGGGGACCGCGGCCGCCUGCGCUGUUCCGGGUGCUCCCGCCGCGCGCAGCCCAGGGCGCACUUGACCGUGGUCUGGCUGCGGGGAAGGGCGGGUCUGGGGAGAACCCCCGAGCGCUGCGGCGUCCUCCAGCCCCUCCCUCGCGGCCGCCGGAGUCACAGCCCGAGCCGGAGCCGGCGCCACCUCGCCCCCCGGCUCGCGUGCCCCCAGCCAUGGCUUUCGCCAAUUUCCGCCGCAUCCUGCGCCGGUCUACCUUCGAGAAGAGAAAGUCCCGCGAAUAUGAGCACGUCCGCCGGGACCUGGACCCCAACGAGGUGUGGGAGAUCGUGGGCGAGCUGGGCGAUGGUGCCUUCGGCAAGGUUUACAAGGCCAAGAACAAGGAGACAGGUGCCUUGGCUGCCGCCAAAGUAAUUGAGACCAAGAAUGAGGAGGAGCUGGAGGACUACAUCGUGGAGAUUGAGAUCCUCGCCACCUGUGACCACCCCUACAUCGUGAAGCUCCUGGGGGCCUACUACUAUGACUGGAAGCUGUGGAUCAUGAUCGAGUUCUGUCCUGGGGGAGCUGUGGAUGCCAUCAUGCUGGAGCUGGACAGAGGCCUCACUGAGCCCCAGAUUCAGGUGGUUUGCCGCCAGAUGCUGGAAGCCCUCACCUUCCUGCACGGCAAGAAGGUCAUCCACCGGGAUCUGAAAGCUGGCAACGUGCUGAUGACGCUUGAGGGAGACAUCAGGCUGGCUGACUUUGGUGUGUCUGCCAAGAAUCUGAAGACUCUGCAGAAACGAGAUUCCUUCAUAGGAACGCCUUACUGGAUGGCCCCCGAGGUGGUGAUGUGUGAGACCAUGAAGGACACCCCAUACGACUACAAAGCCGACAUCUGGUCCCUGGGCAUCACUCUGAUUGAGAUGGCCCAGAUCGAGCCCCCGCACCACGAGCUCAACCCCAUGCGGGUCCUGCUCAAGAUCGCCAAGUCAGACCCUCCCACGCUACUCAUGCCUUCUAAGUGGUCUGCGGAGUUCCGAGACUUCCUGAAGACGGCCCUGGAUAAGAACCCGGAGACCCGGCCCAGCGCUGCACAGCUCCUGGAGCAUCCCUUCGUCAGCAGCAUCACCAGCAACAAGGCUCUGCGGGAACUGGUGGCCGAGGCCAAGGCUGAAGUGAUGGAGGAGAUUGAAGACGGCCGGGAUGAGGCGGAAGAGGAGGACUCGGUGGAUGCCACCUCUGCUCUGGGGAACCACACUCGGGACUCCUCUGAGGUGAGUCAGCUGAGCCUCGAUGCUGACAAGCUUCUCAAAGAAUCAUCUUUCACCCCGCUGCCACCCAGCCAGCCUCAGGACAUUGUGAAUGGGCCCAACCAACCCUCUGGGGACACAUCCCUCCAAGCCACCAGCCCCCCAGAUGUGGCCCCUGGAAAUGAGAACGGCCUAGCCGUGCCCGUGCCCCGCCGGAAGUCCCGACCGGUGUCCAUGGAUGCCAGGAUUCAGGUAUCCGAGGAGAAGCAAGCCACCGACCAGGGUGGGGACCUCAGUCCAGCAGCCAGCAGAUCCCAGAAGGCAAGCCAGAGCCGUCCCAACAGCAGCGCCCUGGAGACCUUGGGUGGCGAGAAGCUGGCCAACGGCAGCCUGGAGCUCCCUGCCCAGGGGGCUCUAGGCCCUUCCAAGAGGGACUCAGACUGUGGCAGCCUCUCCACCUCCGAGAGCAUGGACUAUGGCGUCUCCCUCUCAGCCGACCUGGCCCUGAACAGAGAGACGGGCUCCCUGUCUAUCAAGAACUCGAGGCUGCACAAUAAGACCCUCAAGAGGACACGCAAGUUUGUGGUGGAUGGCGUGGAGGUGAGCAUCACCACCUCCAAGAUCAUCAGUGACGAUGAGAAGAAGGACGAGGAGAUGAGAUUUCUCAGGCGCCAGGAACUCCGAGAACUUCGGCUGCUCCAGAAAGAAGAGCAUCGGAACCAGACCCAGCUGAGCAGCAAGCAUGAGCUGCAGCUGGAGCAGAUGCACAAACGUUUUGAACAAGAAAUCAAUGCCAAGAAGAAGUUCUUUGACACAGAGCUGGAGAACCUGGAGCGUCAGCAAAAGCAGCAAGUGGAGAAGAUGGAGCAAGACCAUGCUGUGCGCCGCCGGGAGGAGGCCAAGCGGAUCCGCCUGGAGCAGGAGCGGGACCAUGCCAGGUUCCAGGAGCAGCUCAAGCUGAUGAAGAAGGAGGUGAAGAAUGAGGUGGAGAAGCUCCCCAGGCAGCAGCGGAAGGAGAGCAUGAAGCAGAAGAUGGAGGAGCACGCACAGAAGAAGCAGCUUCUCGACCGGGACUUCCUCGCCAAGCAGAAGGAGGACCUGGAGUUGGCGAUGAAGAGGAUCACGGCCGACAACAGGCGGGAGAUCUGUGACAAGGAGCGCGAGUGCCUCACUAGGAAGCAGGAGCUCCUUCGAGACCGGGAGGCGGCGCUGUGGGAGAUGGAGGAGCAUCACCUGCAGGAGAGGCACCAGCUGGUGAAGCAGCAGCUCAAGGACCAGUACUUCCUCCAGCGGCACGAGCUGGUGCGCAAGCAUGAGAAGGAGUGCGAGCAGAUGCAGCGCUACAACCAGCGCAUGAUGGAGCAGCUGAAGGUGCGGCAGCAGCAGGAAAAGGCGCGGCUGCCCAAGAUUCAGAGGAGCGAGGGCAAGACGCGCAUGGCCAUGUACAAGAAGAGCCUCCACAUCAACGGGGCGGGCAGUGCCGCUGAGCAGCGCGAGAAGAUCAAGCAGUUCUCCCAGCAGGAGGAGAAGAGGCAGAAGUCAGAGCGGCUGCAGCAGCAGCAAAAACAUGAGAGCCAGAUGCGGGACAUGGCAGCACAGUGCGAGAGCAACAUGGGCGAGCUGCAGCAGCUGCAGAAUGAAAAGUGUCACCUCCUGGUAGAGCAUGAAACCCAGAAGCUGAAGGCUCUGGACGAAAGUCAUAACCAGACCCUAAAGGAAUGGCGGGACAAGCUUCGGCCACGCAAAAAGGCUCUGGAAGAAGAGCUGAACCAGAAGAAGCGAGAGCAGGAGAUGUUCUUCAAAAUGAACGAGGAGGCAGAGUGCCUGAGCCCCACCACCCCAAACAAGGCCACCAGGUUCUUCCCCUACAGCUCUGCGGAUGCUUCCUAA